GGGGCGGGAGGCGGAGGCGCCGCGUAGGCCGGGAGGCCCGGCCGGCCGGGCUGCGAGCUCGAUCCCCAUGUGCCACCGCCUCCCCGCACGAUGUUCCCCUCCCGGAGGAAGGCGGUGCAGCUGCCCUGGCAGGACGGCAGGGUGAGGAUUACAGAUCAGAUUCCUGCUGUAAGCAGAACUGCUGAGUAUUGAAAACCUUGUUGUCCUGAAGUUCGUGCCAGGGAAGAAAGGAAAGGUGUGAUAUUUCCCCAUCUCCAUCUUCCUGGUCUCUGCCCUGCCCCCACAAAGAGUCCAGAGGGCGAGAGAGAGUCUGUAGAGGUUCCAGCCUGCCCAGGCCACUUGCAGGACUGGCCUCCGCUGCUCCCCAGCGGAAACCCCUGCCCCAGGACCAUGGGGGGUCCAGGUUGCUCCCCAGCAGCCUCCCCAGGAAGUGCUCUGUCUUCCACCUCUUUGUGGCCUGUCUUCUACUGGGCUUCCUCUCGCUGCUCUGGCUGCAGCUUAGCUGCUCUGGUGACAUGGCCCGGGCAGCCAGGGGACAAGGACAGGAGACCCCAGGCCCGCCCCAGGCCUGUCCCCCAGAGCCGCCGCCUGAGCACUGGGAAGAAGACCCGUCUUGGGGCCCCCACCGCCUGGCAGUGCUGGUGCCCUUCCGGGAACGCUUCGAGGAGCUGCUGGUCUUUGUGCCCCACAUGCACCGCUUCCUGAGCCGGAAGAAGAUCCAGCACCACAUCUACGUGCUCAAUCAGGUGGACCACUUCAGGUUCAACAGGGCAGCACUCAUCAAUGUGGGCUUCCUGGAGAGCAGCAACACCACCGACUACAUCGCCAUGCAUGACGUGGAUCUGCUGCCCCUUAACGAGGAGCUGGACUAUGGCUUCCCCGAGGCCGGGCCCUUCCACGUGGCUUCCCCUGAGCUGCACCCGCUCUAUCACUACAAGACCUACGUGGGCGGCAUCCUGCUGCUCUCCAAGCAGCACUACCGGCUGUGCAACGGGAUGUCCAAUCGCUUCUGGGGCUGGGGCCGCGAGGACGAUGAGUUCUACCGGCGCAUCAAAGGAGCGGGGCUCCAGGUCCUCCGGCCCUCAGAAAUCAAAACUGGAUACAAGACGUUCCGCCACUUGCAUGACCCUGCCUGGCGGAAGAGGGACCAGAAACGCAUCGCGGCGCAGAAGCAGGAACAGUUCAAGGUGGACCGCGAGGGCGGCCUGAACACGGUCAAGUACAGAGUGGACUCCCGGACAGCCCUGUCUGUGGGCGGGGCCCCCUGCACUGUCCUCAACAUCAUGUUGGACUGCGACAAGGCCGCCACGCCCUGGUGCACGUUUGGCUGAACUGGCUACACAGUCGGAUGCUUGUGGCCACAGGCCAUACUGCUUCUCAGGCCCAGGCCUCGUUCUCGGUGAGAGACCUGGAGCUGCAGACAGCGAGCCACGUGCUGGCAGCAGGUUGGCCGCCAGAGACUGGCAGAGCCGGGACAGGACACACACAGGCUUCCUGAGAUGCUACCAGCCAUCAGCUGAGGGAGAGGAGGCUGGGACUCUGCCCUGCCUGCCCACCUGCCUGCCCACCUGCCCCCCCCUGCCCUCCUUUGUGUGCUCAGGCUGAUGGAUGCCUCAUGCAGAGAUGGAGUUUAGAAGCCCAGAGCUGACGUGGGCAGCCAGGCACUCACCAGGGUUGAAACUGUAGACACCAGAGUGUCAGCCCCAUGGAAGGACACCAGUGCCAGCUGUUGGGCUCCAGGCAGGAUUGUGAGCCAAGUGGUGCCAGACCUUCUGAUUGUGCAAAAGAAAAUGGAAUUCUGGGUUCUUAAGUUAGUUCUCCUCCUCCUCCUCCUCCUUUUUUAAUGAUGCAAGUAAUUGAAACUUAAAAAAGUAUGACAGGCCAAACAAAAUGCAUUGUGCACCUCCAGUUUGUCACCUGUGGCUGAAAGGAAGAGAAGGGGAGGGCAAAAGAUGACACCUCUCUGGGUUCUAAGUCGGCGAGUAGUUGGGUCAGGGUAGGGCAUGACAGGCUCCAGUAGCACAUGGUUCCUACCACUGUCUUGCCCCCCAAUCUGGACUACCCUUUUGGAUACCAGGCUUUCUGGGACUUAAUUCUGGUAGGAGGCUUCCAGAGGGACAGAAAUAGAGCCCCAGGGCUGGACUGAGGGUAGACAGGCUGAAUCGGCUGUGAUUUGAGAGGAGGGGGAGGGAGAUGAGAGCACCAUGGUGAUGGGAUGGUGCUAUGGUUUCAGUCUGUCUCUGUCUAAAGAAAAAAAUGAAGAAGAAAAAAAAAGGGGGUUACCUAGGAGGCCAUUCAGAGGCAUCAUACAUGUGAAAUCCUGAGUGAAAAUAAGCCAGUAGCAGUGUCUCUAAUGAGAGCCUUCUCUCCUGGGAAAAAGCCUUUCUCACUUAUUCUCACUUAGGAGCUACAUAGCCACCCAACUCCAGCCUCUUCUACUCUUCCUGCCUCACUUGAGGUGGAGGUAAGGGAAAGAUAAAACCAAGAGACAUCUGUGAAAGGCACAGCCUGGGGACUUAUUCCCAGAGAAAGACAGAUUUAAUUAUGCUAUAAAUGUUAUAAAUACUUCCUCCUGCCUAGACAUUUUCCCCACACUCACAGGGCUUUAGUAUAACAACUAUGGGCUACAGUUGAAUAUGAUAAGAGCUUAAAGUCACAAACUGUGUUUAAGAGGUUCUUGGAGGGGGUAGCUGGUGGUGGUGUACCCAGUUGAGUACACACAUUACAGUGCUCAAGAUGCUGGUUCGACCCCCCUCCCGUCCCCACCUGCAGGAGGAAGCUUCACAAGUGGUGAAGCAGGGCUGCAUGUAUCUCUCCUCCCUCUCCCUUUUCAAUUUCUGUCCUACCAAAAGAAGGGGAGGCGGCAGGGAGAUGACCACUAAGAGUGGUAGAUUCAUCGUGCAGCUACGGAGACCCUGUGAUAACUCUGGUGGCAAUAAAAGAACAAGUAAAAGGUUCUUGGGGCUGGAGUUUGCCAACUCAUAGGUUAGAUGCAUGUCUUGCCUUAUGCUUGACCCAGGGUUUUUUGGUGUUUGAAGAUUUGAUUAUUAAUGAGGGUAGAAAAGAGAACCAAAGCAUCAUUCUGGCACAUGCAAUGCCAGGGACCUUGUGAUUGAGAAUCUGACACUUUACCCACCGUGUUACCUCCCAGGCCACUGAGGUUUUGUUUAUUUAUCCAGAGCACUGCUCAGCUCUGGCUCUUUGGUGGUGCUGGGAAUUUAACCUGAGAUCUUGGAGCCUCAGGCAGGAAAAUCAUUUGUGGUGUCACCCCAGUCCCCUUGGUCUAAGUUGGAACCCUGGUGCCAGCAGAUAUGGGAGGUGUGGUGGCAUCUCACUGAGUGAACAGUACUCUGAGGAAAAAAAAAAAAAAAGAGCCUUAUACCAGGCAAUCUAGUCUGGGAUUCCUGACCUUGCUUGGCUUCUGGUAAGGGACGGUCACCUUCACUUGCCUACCUCCUGGCUCUGACCCUACCGACUGGCCAUUGCUCUUCUGUGAGCAGACUGGAGGGAACUAGCCAUGUGUCACCUGAUGUCUGUGGUCUGCUGUGGACCAGAGCAUCAUGCAGAGCAGGGCUAUAUAAUGUUCCUGUACAUGCACUGACUGCCCAGACAGCACAUCUUGCUCAAACACUCCUCUUUCGGUGGGCCCGGCUCUCUCCACUUCACCUGGGCUCUGCCUAUUUCAAGCAUUUGACUGUCCCUGGGUCAGAUCACUUCCUGACUUCUCCACAGUUCUAUGUGAAUAUAUUGACUUCCAAGAGACAGUGUUACAUAGAAAAAGUAUAUGUGCUGAGCUCGACGCGCCUGUGUUGCAGUUUGAAACUUCUCCACUUACUCGCUGUAUCUUGUUCAAUCAUAGUCUCUCUGAAAUUGUCUGGCUAGAGCUGCUGGAAGAUUCAGUCACACAUUACAAGAUAAGGAAUGUGUGUGGAAUCCAAUUUUCUUACUAUAAAUUAAAGUCUAUUCUGGUUCAGACUGCUGUAACAAAAUACUCCAGAUUCAGUGGCUUAGACAACAAAUGUGGACUUCUUA